AUGUUGGCCAAGGCCAUUCAACCAGCUUCAGAGACUGCUCUGGCUCCUGUGCCUCCUAAGGGUCGAGGAUCACCAGAUACCGGAGCUGCUCUGUCUGGAAACCUGACAUUUAUGGUGGGAGGAGUUGAAGAUGAAUUUGCUGCUCCCAAAGAGUUGCUGGAGUGCAUGGGCUCCAAUGUGAUGUACUGUGGAGCUUUUGGGACUGGGCAGUCUGCAAAGAUCUGCAACAACAUGCUGUUGGCUAUAAGCAUGGUUGGAACCACUGAAGAUAUGAAUCUUGGAAUCAUGUCAGGGCUUGACCCAAAAUUGUUGGCUAAGAUCCUGAAUAUGAGCUCUGGACAAUGUUGGUCCAGUGAUAUUUACAAUCCUGUGCUUGGGGUGAUGAAUGGAGUCCCCUCAUCUAAUAACUACCAAGGUGGAUUUGGAACAACACUCAUGGCUAAGGAUCUGGGAUUGGCUCAAGACUCUGCCACCAGCACCAAGACCCCAAUUCUUCUAGGAAACCUGGCCCACCAAAUAUACAGGAUGAUGUAUGCCAAAGGCUACUCAAAGAAAGACUUCUCAUCUGUGUUCCAGUAUCUGUGGGAGGAGGAGACCUUCUGAUGUGCCCUCUGGACAUAGACCCUUGGGAAUCAGGCUCUGUCCUGAGCCUUCUCCUAGCUCACCCUCUGAUGGG